GAAAUUUUAUGAAUAAACAAAAUGUUAAAAAAAAAAGUUUUUUAAUAAAUUAUGUCUACCAGCUCCCUUGUUCCAGAGCGUCAUGUUGCUGUAGUUGGUGGUGGACUUGUCGGUAUACUCUCUGUAUUAUAUUUUGCCAAACGUGGCUGGAGAGUGAGUCUUUUUGAACUUCGAGAAGACCUACGUAUACAAGAAAAUAAAAGAAAUAUUUCACAUAAGUCCAUUAACCUAGCAUUGUCCGUUCGAGGUUUAAGUGCCUUAAAAAAUACUACUCUUGGUCUCGAUGAAAAAGUAUUAGAAUCUGUAAUUCCUAUGAAGGGUAGAAUGAUUCAUGCUGGUGAAGGUAAGCUCAAAAGCCAACCAUAUGGUGUUUUUGGAGAGUGUAUUUACUCGGUGGAAAGGGAAAUGCUUCUCGAAUUGCUUUUAAAUACGGCUGCUACGUUUACGAAUGUUAAAAUGCAUUUCCGGCAUCAAUUGAAACGGUGCAAUUUUGAUAUCGGAAAAUUAGAGUUUGAAAAUAAGGAAACUGGAAAACAAGUCGAAUAUUUAGCAGAUUUGAUUAUAGGCGCAGAUGGUGCAUUCUCUACUGUUCGAACCCAACUAAUGCGUGCUGUAAGAAUGGAUUAUUCACAAGAAUAUAUCUCGCAUGCUUAUUGUGAAUUAACGAUUCCGCCAAAAAUUAAUGACAAAGGAGAUGAUGAUUUUGCAAUGGAUCCUAAUCAUUUGCACAUCUGGCCAAUGCGUUCUUUCAUGAUGAUUGCUUUGCCUAAUCGAAAUAAGUCGUUUACGUGUACGCUCUUUAUGCCAUUUGAAAAUUUUAAUGCUAUUAAGACAGAAGAUGAUUUGAUGGAAUUUUUUAAAAAGUAUUUUCCGGAUUCUAUUCCAUUAAUAGGAGAAGAACGCCUCAAGGAAGAAUAUUUUAGAAACCCAAAGGGAUCGCUUGUAUCUAUUAAGUGCAAACCUUAUCACUAUAGAGAUCGGGUAAUUAUCAUAGGAGAUGCAGCUCACAGUAUGGUUCCUUUUUAUGGGCAAGGUAUGAAUUGUGGAUUUCAAGACGUUGAGGUAUUAAAUGGUAUUUUUGAAGAAUACAAUAUAUCAGCUGUGCGAAGCGAUGAUAAGUUGACUUUUGCGUUGGAAGAAUACACAAGACGACGACAUCCAGAUGUGACAUCAAUCUGUGAUUUGGCGAUGUAUAAUUAUAUCGAAAUGCGAUCUAGUGUAGUGGACCCUUGGUAUUUAUUAAGAAGAAGAGUGGAAGGAACUUUAUACAGGCUAUUCCCUAGAUAUGUUAUUCCAUUAUAUACAAUGGUUAGUUUUUCAACUAUGAGAUAUUCAGAAGCGAUGCAAAGAUGGAAACGUCAAGGAUUUUGGUUGACCAUGAUGGGCAUGUCAUUAUUGCCAAUAGGAACUGUAGCAUUUAUCUGGAUUGGAUAUCAUCAGUUUAAAAGAGUAUAUCCGCAUUACAUUAAUUUCAAUUUGUAUUACAAUAGAAUUAUGUAAUCAGAUAGUUUAUGAAAUAUAAUGCAUUAUGAGUUUAAGUUCUAUUUUUUUUAUUAAAUUUCAAAAUUUCAAAUUUAUU